GAUUCUCGACGCUAUCUUCGCCAAUCUCAGCCUCCCCGACCUGACGUCAUGUCGGCUCGUGUGUAAAGAGUGGAACUACGUCGGUGCCACUUUCGUAGAAAAAAUUAACUUUCUCCGGCUUCACAAGGUCUUCUCCCCGUCAAACAAGAGCUCACUUCAUCCAAAAAUUUCACCAGUUUUAAUUUUAAACAAUUCCACCGAGUUUGCAUUGAGAAAAAGAGAGCAGAACGCCACAAAGUAAAGAAGGCUCGACCGUCCAGCCUCGACGUCUAUUGAAAAUUUGGAGAAGCCUGAAACGCUGGGCUUGACGAAGGAAAGUUUUUUUUACUCUCGAACACAUGCCCUCACGCCGUGAUUUUAAGGACGAUCCGUUGCGUAUGUAGAGAAAGGGACCAUUGUUUGCUAGCGGGGGAACUGACGAGCAGAACGCAAGGUUACAUAAGGAAGGUCAACCACACGCAGCAGCAAGUGUUCCGAAGACAGGAAGCAAUCGUCCCCACAACAGAGAAAAUGGACAAUGGGGAAAGGUUUGAAGAGAACGGACGACUUCCUUCUAAGCAGACUCACUCCAUCCAACCCCAGCCAACACCUGCUGACGAUAACCACGCACAGUCUCCUUCAUCCAACAGGAGGUCGUCAAAAGCCAAUAAAUUAUCGCAAGUUGGCGGAAAGGGCGCAGAGUGUGGUCGCCGAGUCGAGAAAAUCUUCGCCUGCAAAAUAUGUCUUCGUCCCUUCACCAGCAGAACCAGUGCGCACUACCACGCUCAAACCCACCUCAACUGCGACGAGCUGGAGUAGAGUUCAGUUUUUCAUGGGAAGUGUCCCCACUGCCAAAAGGUGUUCUUUCAUCGUCGAAACUUUACCCACGACGGUCGGAAGGGCCACGGCAGCCCUGUGUGCGAAAAGAAGUUCACCCAGAAAGUAUCUUUGAAUCGUCAUCUCUUCGUCCACUUGAGCCCAGAGGAGUUAGCGGAGGUGCAGCAGGGAUGGCAAUACGACUGCUACUUCUGCAGCAAACGUUUCAAAUUUCCAUCUGGUCUCACUGGUCAUCUUCUGACCCACACGAAGGAAAAGUUGUGCGAGAAGUGUCACGUUUGUGGAAAAACUUUCUCCAAACAAUUGCUGACCCAUCAUCGGUUCAUCCACCUCACCGAAGACGAGAAAGCCGGACUCGUCAAGCAGGGUUCGAGCCGAGUCUGUUUAUUCUGCCAGAAGACAUUUCCCGAUAACCGACCUUAUCAGCGUCACCUGGUCACCUACACGGAGGAAAAACCGUUUCGUUGUGACCAAAAGCUGUUUGGUCGUAACGGUGCUGUUGAGAUCGACUAUAAAAUGAUACUCAACGGUUUUGAGACCGUCCUCCGCAACGACCCGUCGCAGUCGGUUUCUCCAAAUCUCUCCUGAGAAGGGCUGAGGGAAUAAGUGACGAACUAACACUCGUCGUCAAUUAAGUUUACUUGUAUUUAUUAAAAACUCGACCAAUUUUACAAACUUGUUGGAAGAGACAAGAAAACUCACAACUACACUGCUUCACAGACAAAAGAACAGUGCCCGAAAGCACGAAAAUACCUCGCCUUCACAAAGACGAGGGACACUCAAAUUAUAGGGGCGAAUAAAGAAUACGUAUAUACUAAUGCCUUAUGAUUUCUUCAGGUGCAUUAAAAUCGCAUCAGCGCAUUUAUAGUUCCAAAUCAUUUAAUUGCUGCGAAUGUGACCAAGCAUUCACUCAUAAACAAUCUCUGACCAGACACAAGAAGAUUGUUCACCGAAAACUGAAAGACUUCGCGUGCCCCCGAUCCCGGUGCCCCAAGAAGUUCGGCAGGAAGGAUGACAUGGUGCCACAUUUGAACGAUGUCCACCUCAAAAUCCGGCACCCUAGUAAACUCAUUCUGUUUGGAAUAAAACUCUACUCUCGUCUGUCUCCUAUUUUUCCUUUUGCCAACAUAAAUGUGAAGCUCGAACAGUGACGACUAAAUAUUUCAUCAUGACGAGAAGAAAUGUCAAUUUUUUGUCCAUCACAUUUAAAUCGUACAGGACUCAUAUUGAAUGCAUCGGAAUCGAACACUUGCAGUCCAUGCAAAAUCAUUGAACACAAAUUCAUGGAACUAAAAUCACAAUGCACUGAACAAAGUCCAAAGUGGGGACGCCGGCGGACGGACGGAGAACCGAUGGAGAGCACGUUUCCAGUUCCACGAAAAAAUGCGUAAAAUGAAGUAAAAUGAAAAUCCAAAAAGAAAUAAUUGAACACUGGAUAAGCAAUUAAUUAUAUAACUAUCCAAAUAAAUCAUAAAAUUUAUUAUUAAAUAUUAAAUAUCAUAUAUUUAAUAAUAUUUUAUAUGUUACGCUACACCGUAAAAUCAACUAAAGUUAAAAACUCGUAGUUGUUAUCUUCAAAAGUUCUGCAAGUUUGGUUUGGUUUAGGAACAGAAAGUGAGGACAAAUAUGGCGAAAGUUGUAGAUCUUACUGUUAAAAAUCGGCACCCCAUGACGUUGCGGUCAGCUUCUUCACGAAAGGACUCGAAAGAAGUGCCUGUUGACCUCAACACUGCCAUGUCUAAAGCCCUGCAGAAUCCUUUGGUACUAGACGUUAUCUUCGCCAAUCUCGGCCUCCCCGACCUGAAAACUUCUCGUCUAGUGUGUAAAGAGUGGGCCGACGUCGGCGCCACUUUCUUAGGAAGAAGGGCUCUUCUGCGGGUCAACAAGCUGCUUUCCUAUGAGGGGUCCGAACCAGCCAAGAUGGCCUCUGUCAACGACAAGCUGAUGAGGCGCCUCCUCAUCUCGAACAAGUUCGAUUCGUCCAUUCCGACAAAUAGGAAGGCUGAUGUUAUUACAAGAGCUCUCACCCAAGUGGAUAAUGUAUCGCAAUUAACUCGAGAAAUAAAAUUCCUCGUCAGCCGGAAGGAAUUUGUCCCCGCUUUCCUUGAAGGAAUAAGGAUGUUGGGGUCCACCAAAAUCGAACACGUUGGGAUCUUCCGCGCCUGGGGAGACAAUAGCGUCGACACAAUUCCAGCCGAGGCAUAUCAAAACCUCCCUCCUCAACCUAGCCUCACCUCCCUCAAGUUCGAAGCUCUCACAGACGUUGAACAAGACUUCUGCAACUGCAACGAAUUUCGACCCCUGAUCCAACUUUGGCUAGAUUCUGCCCCAAAUUUGACCAGUCUGGACGUCACGACGUCUUUCUAUCCAAAUUUGGCGGAUUGCACAAAUCUCAGAGUUUUAAAAUUUAAGUUCAUUAGGUGUUGCGAUGAGCAUCAUCCUAAUCUCAAUGUGUCCAAUGUGACCAAGAUGUUGGCACAAGUUAAGGAUUCUUUAGUCAAGCUGGAAUUGUGUCAUGAUAUGUAUUAUUAUUCUUUCAUGCAGCUGAUCCAAAGUGCCGAAGAGGUUCCCGUAAUGUCGAAAGUAACCUCGCUCGCCAUCCAUGCCGGAGAGAUUUUCGAAAUUCAGGACUUUUACAAUGAGGAACAUUUCCCAAAAUUAAGAUCCUUCUCUGUCCGAAGUGGAUUAAAGGCGGCGUCGUUGUUCUCACAUCUAAGUUUUUGGAGCAGACACAGAGGAGUUCACUCUGUCACGUUGGACAUGGAUUUCGGUUCGAGGGAGGUGCAGGAAUUUGGGAGAAAAAUGAUCGACUUAUUUCCCGCCGUGAAGGUAUUAGAUUUAAGGCUGGAUCCGACAUUUUGUGCCUUCACUGGCGACAUAUCGGCGACGUUUCAUCAGGGGGAAUCAGUUUCGACGUCUGCCGCCAUUUAUCUUUUUAUGAUACCAUUCCAAAUGUGGGAUUUGAAGCGGGUCAACAUUUGUUUGAAAGUGAACAAAUCCGCCUGGUUGAUUGAUGCCCUUAAGGGUAUUUCCGUUUUGAAAGGAGUUAAAAGAGUCCUGUUCAUCUUCCCUUGCAUCUACGACAAGAAGGAUAAUUUUUCUACCAGCUUUGUGCAAGAUGUCAUCUUGCACAGUGGACCAUUCAAAAGCGUAGAAAUUAGGAUAAAUGAGAUGGAACCGGAAAUCAUGGAACGACUGCAACUCAUCGUUGAAGCCAGUGGUGCUCCCAUCCAUUUUAUCGGAAGGAGGGAAUGAGAAUUAAUGAGAUAUAUUAGUACAUAACGAUUACUAACUAAUUAACAGAGUCAUUACUAAAAUUAUCAUUUUUCAAUUAUCACAAUAUGCAACAAUGUUUCUAUCGCCUGAAAACAAUGAGACAGCUUCUUGGUUCCUAGUUGGAUCAUAGUGAGAUUCUAACUGAUAAAAUAACUGGUAAUAAUGCCAUACUUAGAUUAUUAGGUUUAAUAUAAGCAUUACACAAUUUUUGUACCGUUUUUACCACGACGAUUGUUAUUUAAUAAAGUCAUUAUGGUUGACUCUA